GAGCGGUGAUUCAGGAGCUUUAUACUUCAUACUUCCAAUCAAUUCCCCUCAUGUGCCUUUAUAACUGAGAGAAGUUUGUAGGAGAAUCGAGCUCCCGUCACAUCCUCAGUGUGUCCGCAUAUGUGGAGCUCUAUUUAAAAGCCAGUGAAUGGAAGGGAAUUUCCAACAAAGGCGACCUGGACACACCAUGUCCGUGUGUGACUACAGCCUGAUCUGUAAUUUCCCCAAGUGUCGGGGCAGGUUGAGCGGCUUCGCCUGGGUGACAGCCUGCUCUCAUAUCUUCUGCGAUCGGCACGGCUCGGGUGAGUUCAGCCGCGUCCCGGCCAUCUGCCCCGCCUGCUCCUCUGCUCUGUCAGGAAAACUGGAUAUCGUGCGCACUGAGCUGUCUCCUUCCGAGCAGUACAAGGCCAUGGUUUUGGUGGGAUUACGACCUGAGACGGUUUUGGAUAUCAGCCAUCGAGCAUUGGCUUUUUGGACAUACCAGGUAAACCAAGAAAGGUUGCUUAUGGAGUACAGUUUGUACCGAGCAGAAGUGCAAGUUGGCCAAAUGGAGAAGCUGAUGGCACAGCAGAACCAAUCCAAAGAGCAUGAGCUGAAUGCAAUGCGAGAGGAGAUUGCAUCACUCAAUAAGAGGCUGGAGGAAUAUAAGCAAAAAUAUAGUGAGGUGUCAGAGCUUCUGGUGAAGAGAAACAGACAGUAUCAGAAGCUUCAAGGGCUGUUUGAGACUUUGAGGCUGCGCACCGUCGAGGCUUCUGACAAAGAUGGACUGAACCACCUCUUUCCUUCUGGCAUAAUUAGACAGCGCUCUCCCCACUCCACUCCUCCUUUCAUAGCUGCGGGUCCAGAGGGUGACAAGCUCUUCCAAUCUUUCCUAGAACCAGAAAGCUUCAAGAGCUUUUUCCAAUUUAGCUCUCCACCAAGAGAGAAAGGGCAUUCCUUUAUAAAGAAAAACUGACUGCAUGAAAACCAACAGUUGUGGUAUGCAUCAGAUUUUUUUUCCAUUACAUUGUUAUAUUACUCUUUGAUGUACAAUUUGCAAUUUACAAAAAAAUGUUUUUUGUUCCUCUCUGUUUAUUGCAUAGAUGAUUAGAAAUAAUAAAGCUGUUUGAGUUUUAGCAA